GAGGAGGAGGAGGAGGAGCGGGGUGUACCUGACCCUUACAGCCGCCCGUCGCAGCUCUCCUCCCGCAGAAGCGCACGGGACUUGUCCGCCACUGGUGCCUUUCUCUCUCUCCACGUGUCCGUGCGUCAGUGAACAGUUUGGACGCGGACCAGAGCUCCUCCUGACACAACCAGCACGCGUAACAAUAUAUAUCUAUAUUUACAUAUAUAUAUAGACAUAUAUAAGAGAACUCCUGCUUCAUUCCCUCGGAGCAGAAAUAUUCGGGAUUGUCUUGACGGACUGGGAGAAAACGGGGAGUACAUUCGGGAAGAUGCGUCUCCCGCUGCUCGUCUGUGUCUCGCUGUGUUUGUCCGUAGCACCGGGCCCGGUGUCCGGGGCGGACCGAACCUGCACCGACCUGCGGCAGCUCUACACCGGGAAAGGGUUCACUCUGGUGGAGGUCCCGCAGACCGAGAUCUCCGGUGAACAUCUGAGGAUGUGUCCUCAGGGUCCAACUUGUUGUACAAGCACCAUGGAGGAAAACCUGGGCAGCCUGAGCGCCAAAGAGACCGAGGGACUGAUCAGAGAGGCCGGCAGGUCCCUGCAGGCUGCCUUCAACGCUCUCCACAGGGGCUUCGACACCUAUUUCACCGAGCUGCACGGCAACUCUGAGCGCUCCCUCCUGGAGACCCUGUCUCCUCUCGGCCCUCUGUACUCCCAGAACACUCGUCUCUACGGAGAUCUCUACGCGGACCUGCGACAGUACUACCGGGGCUCCGCCCUCAACCUGGACGAGACUCUGUCUGAGUUCUGGUCCCGCCUCCUGGAGCGCACCUUUAAAAUCUCCACUCCUUCGGAGGUCAGCCUGUCAGAGGACUACCUUGAUUGUGUUGCUAAGCAACAGGAGACGCUGCGGCCAUUUGGAGAUGUCCCACGGGACAUGAAGGCGAAGCUGAUCCGGGCUUUUGUCACAGCCAGGUCAUUUGUCCAGGGCCUGAUCGUCAGCGGAGAGGUGGUCAGGAAGGUCUCACAGGUUCACCUAAGCCCAGAGUGCAUGAAGGCCCUGAUGAAGCUGGUUUACUGCCCCCACUGUCGCGGCAUGGCCUCGGUCAAACCCUGCUCCAACUACUGCUCCAACGUCAUGAAGGGCUGCCUGGCCAACCAAGCGGACCUGAACCCAGAGUGGCAGAAUCUGAUUGACACUAUGUUCCAGGUGGCCUCUAGUUUCAGCACGGAGCCCAGUCUCGACGUGGUUCUCUCCUCCAUCCCCGCCCGGAUCUAUGAGGCUGUUCACUUCCUGCAGGAAAACAUGGACACCUUCACAGCAAGAGUGUACCAGACAUGCGGAACUCCAGGUGAAGAAGGAACAGGAAGUCCCGCUCUUCAUGAGCAGAGGAAGAAGAGCAGCUCCCUGACCGCAUCCGGGUACAAACCCUCGCCAACCGCUGGGCUCAGAUUGGAGAUGCAGGUGUCAGAUCUGUCCAGUAAGUUGAGGGAGAUGCGGCAGUACUGGACCCAGCUCCCUGUGGCACUUUGCAGCAAAUUGGCAGCAGGAGGUGCUGGUCAGGAUAAAUGCUGGAACGGCAUCACCAAAGCCAGGUACCUUCCAGAGGUGAUGGGUGACGGCUUGGCCAAUCAGAUCAACAACCCAGAAGUGGAGCUCGACAUCACAAAGCCAGACAUGACCAUCCGGCAGCAGAUCAUGCAACUCAAAAUCAUGAGCAACAGGCUGAAAAACGCACUGGAUGGCAACGACGUGGACUUCCAGGACGCAAGUGACGACAUCAGCGGCUCGGGAAGCGGAAUGUGCACAGGGGGUCAGUGUCCUCGCAACAGGCCGGGAUUGUACGCCUUCCCGCCAGACAACAACCGGGUCAGAGGCGCAGCAGCCACUCCUCAAAGCGGCCUCCUGCUGCUGCUCCUCCCACUCGCCACCCUGCUGUUCCAGCGGUGAUGCACCGCCGCUGGCCCCGAUCCUAAGUCUCCAAAGUCUAGAGGAAGGCUGAACGACGGGACGGACCGAAAAGGGGUUUGGUGGGGUGGGAAAGACUAGUACGUAACUUUUGCCAAAAAAAUGAAAACGACGUGAUGGGGAAUGAAUGCACAGCAUUUUCUUUGAGCAAGAGGAUCAAAGCUUGACAGUGACAGUUUUAAUGUCUCAGUGAGGGUGUGAUUCAGUUUGUUGAGCUGGUUUCAAUGGAUUGUUGGAAGAAGGUGGAGACGAAGACAGAGAGAAUGAUGGCUGUGGUUGAUGUUGAAGAUAAUAUUGAUUUAUUAACACUCUAUCAGGUCCUUUUAGCUCCAGUUUCCAGGCACAGCUCAGUGAAAAAUGAUUAGUUCCCUGAUACGUGGUGCGUUCAACAAGGCUUGUUUUUUUUUAACUCAAGUCAAAGUCGAAUACCUUUUCAAACAUUGUGUAAGUUAUAAAUGUGUGUGUACAUUAGCUAAAAGACUGGCACCAUAUUGAGCCAUGAAUGUACAGUGUAAUACUAUAUCGGCAAUGAAUCUCCUCAUAACCUGUGAUGUAGUCGUCCAAAUGUUUCGGUGUGUGUUGGCGUAAACAGAUUGCAGAUAAACGAUGACGUUCCUGAAACCUUCUAACAAUUCAUCACCUUCGGAAAGACGCGAGCAGUGUGGUGAAAAGCACUAUUUAACAAGCACAGAUGCUCAGUGUCCAUCCGUUUCAUGACACACUGAUGCCACGCACAGGGAUCCUUGUUGAACGCACACCUGCAUUAAACACCUUUAAAUGAAGUCCAAGCAACGCAGCGGCUGAUACACGGUAAGUCAAACCAAAGCACUUGUUACACUGAACACUUUUUUAGUUUAAAAACUGGCAGUGUCCUACGUUGAACCCUUUCUUGUAACCGCACACGUCAAAGAAGAAAGCAGAAGAGGAAAUGUGGAGAAUAUUGACGUCAUGUGUACGUUUGCCUGGUGAUGCAUCUUUUACUCGGCAUGCCUUUCUUGCCGUCUACACUGCUCUACCGGUGCACAUGGGACUCCUGAUUCGCUGGGGUUGUGUAUGAAGCAGAUUUUUAUUCAUCCGUGUAUUGAAUCACACAUUUCAUUCAUUAAACUCUGUUUGAUUGUUGCAAUGGAA